AUGGUAAGGAAAUUGGACAUGUUAACCACUAAUCCUGUGAAUUCGAUUAUGCAAGUGUGUGAUAGGUGCAAUGGACAACAUGGAAUCGGGGAAUGCAUCAUGGACUCCUUAAAUCCGCAGACUUUGGAGCAAGUGAACUAUGUGAUGAAUCAAGGAAGAAAGAAUUACCCUUAUUCGAAUUCAUAUGAUAACAGGUUAAGGAAUCAUCCUAACCUAUCUUAUGGUAAUCCUAACAAUGCUUUGAAUACACCCCCAGGGCUCCACCUUCCAGAAAAGAAAUCUCAUGAUGACCUCCUCACUGCCCUCUCCAAAUCACAGAUGGAAUUCAUGAAUGAAACCAGGGAGAACCAUAAAAUCCAGCAAGCUGCAAUCAGGAAUUUGGAGAUUCAGUUAGGGCAGUUCGCAAACAUGAUGGCAUCUAAGGCUAUUACCUUGUGGAGCGGCAAACAAUUAGAUGAACCACCAAGGAAAGAAAAGGAAGAAAAAGAACAGCCAAAGGUGCCUAUCAUUGACGUAGAAGAACAAGAAAAGGUAAAACCCUAUGUUCCUCCUAUUCCCUUUCCCCAAAGAUUAAAGAAAGCACAAGAUGACAAGAGCUUCCUCAAGUUCCUGGAUGUGUUUAAGAAGCUCCAAAUCAAUAUUCCUUUUGCUGAAGCGAAAGCUCUGCUCAAAAUGCCUAGCUAUGCUAAAUUUCCUAAAGAUAUCCUUGAGCAGAAACAAAAAUUGAUGAUCAAGGAAACGAUGCUUGGUAUGGGAGAGCUCAAACCAACAAGGAUGUCUUUGCAACUAGUAGAUCGUUCAAUUAAAUAUCCUAUAGGGAUUGUCGAAGACGUACUUGUAAAGGUAGGUAUAUUCAUCUUUCCUAUUGAUUUUGUUAUUCUUGACAUUGAUGAGGACAGGGAAGGAUCUCUAAUUUUGGGAAGGCCUUUUCUUGCAACUGCUAGAGCAUUAAUUGAUGUUUAUGAGGGUAAGUUGACCUUAAGAGUUGGACAGGAAGAAAUUGUCUUUGAUGUACUUAAAUCGUGUAAACUUCCUAUGGACCUGUUUUAG